AUGAGUAUGGAAGCGGACAAGAUACGCGCUGAGUCGCUAUUGUUACAGACCAUUGAAAAUGAAGGAUCUGUGGUUGACACGUAUGCGUUUUCACUAUCCAAUGGUCUGUCACAUGAGCUCGUCGUGGGCGUCAUGAAGUCGCUACUAGUAGACGCGUUCGUAGUCGACACGGAGCAUUCGACGUCCUUUUAUGUGCUGAAAGACGAAGCGAAAGUGAUCCUAAAAAGUGGGUCACCUGAAAUUCAGGUGUACCACGCUAUUCCCGUGACGGAGGGAAUCGAUCGGCACUCGCUUGAAACAGCUGUUCGGGCAAGUAUACUGAAAGUCGGUCAAGGUGUCUGUAUGAAGAAUAAAUGGAUCCGAUUGGAUAAAAACGACGGUAAAUUCUACCGCAAUGUGGCACACGUAAAGGACGAGGUGAUAGAGAUGUUGCAACGUGUGGAGAGACAGGACGGGGCGCUGUCAGCCGUGAGUAAAGACGAGGCAAAUAUACUGAAGCGUCGGAAGCUCGUGGAAGUACGGACACGCAAGUCAUAUGCAUUGACAAAAGGAGUCAAUUUUGCUCUUCAACGGAAGAAACAGGCAGCUGGUUUGACCAAGGAGAUGCUGGAUGGGGACGUGUGGAAAAAAGAGACGUUCAAGCCUUAUAACUUCAAGACAAUGGGGUUGAAUGUUGGUGGUGGACAUUUACAUCCGCUUAUGAAAGUCCGUGCUGAGUUUCGUCGAGUGCUCAUGGAUAUGGGUUUUCAAGAAAUGCCGACGAAUCGAUACGUUGAGAGCAGCUUUUGGAACUUUGACUCACUGUUUCAGCCUCAGUCGCAUCCUGCUCGUGACGCCCACGACACGUUUUUCCUGACUCAGCCCAAGUACUGUCUGACGGUGCCAGAAGGCUACUACCAGCGUGUCCACGAUAUGCAUGAGAACGGUGGCUUUGGCUCUAUCGGCCACGGCCGUGGCGCCUUUACGCGUGAGACGUCCAUGACAAACAUCCUGCGCACGCACACGACGGCCAUUUCGGCGCAGAUGCUGUACAAGCUGGCGAACCAGCCCGGUGGUUUUACACCGCAGAAGUACUUUUCCAUCGACCGCGUGUUCCGUAACGAAAGUAUGGACGCGACUCAUUUGGCCGAGUUCCACCAGGUCGAGGGCGUCGUGGCAGACUACGAUCUCUCGCUGGGUGACCUCAUUGGAAUCAUCAAGGCCUUCUUUCUGAAAAUUGGCAUUACGCAGAUGCGCUUCAAGCCAGCAUACAACCCGUACACGGAACCCAGCAUGGAGAUCUUUGCGUUUCACCCGGACCUGAAGAAGUGGACUGAGAUUGGUAAUUCAGGUGUGUUCCGCCCCGAGAUGCUGCGUCCGAUGGGUCUGCCCGAAAACGUGCGUGUUAUCGCCUGGGGCCUAUCGCUGGAGCGUCCGACGAUGAUUAAGUAUCGUCUUAACAACAUCCGCGAUCUCUUCGGCCAUAAGAUCGACCUCGAACAGACCCGAUCGGCCAAGCUUUACCGCUACUAG